AUGUGGCCCAUUGGAUUGAUGUAUUAUUUUCUUUCUCGUGAAAUUGAAAUAGUUUUCAAAAAACUAAAGAAAGUUUAAAGUAUCACAAAUACCUCGAUUUCAAUUUAGUAAACAUUGUCGUUGAAUAAGUUCUAAUUUCUAAAUAAGUUGUAGGAAUUUCAUUGCUUCAGUAACAUAUUAAAGUGGAUCUAAAUUCACAAUAUAAUUCGAUGUACAGAUACGAGGCCAAGUGGUACAAUGGUUCGCCCAAAUUUCAAAUGUUAUACGUGCUGGUACUGCGAAAAUGUUUAGAUCCGUCCGCACUAACAUGUGGAGGAUUGGUCUCUUUGAAUUUAUACAGCUAUGUACAGAUUGAUUUACCAGUUCUGCAUAAUACCUGA